UCUAAUUUGGAAACUCACCAGCGCGACUAGCUUGACCAAACACACAAUGACAUCGCAGACACCCCCGACGGAGCAGGCACAGGCAACAGCCAGCUCGACUGAGCGCCCUCCAGUGUCGACAUGGAACCCUAACAACGACCCGGCGAAGACGGGCUACGACCCGACCAAGCGAUGGGCGAACUACUUCAACAUCCUGCUGGGCAAGAUGAGCCAGGAGGGCCAGGAGGCAUUUCGUGAGGACGCAUACAUCCGCAACGAGGCGCGAGACUGCAGUAACUGCGACAAGUGGCGGGACUACCUGUUCGAGUACUCGCCGACCAUCCGUUUCAUGUCCAAGAACAUCAUGGACCUGAAUGGCAAGCUGGACCGGAGUAACGUGCAGUGUCGCCGGUGUCCUACGCGGCGAGUUAUUGGAGAGGAUGGGAAGGAGCAUACGGUUAGGCAGGGGGGCGGGUUCAGUCCGGAUCACGGCAUUUUGAUCUGUGCGAAUGAGAUGAGGAAUCAGGGACAUCUGGAGGAUACGUUGGCGCACGAGAUGGUACAUGCUUGGGAUCAUUUGAGGUGGAAGGUAGACUGGUCGGACUUACGGCAUGCGGCGUGCACAGAGAUUCGAGCAUCCAGCCUGAGCGGCGAGUGCAGGUGGACCAGAGAGUUCUUCGUAAGGAACAACUUCACGCUCACACAACAACACCAGAACUGCGUCAGAAACAGGGCUAUUCGGUCCGUCAUGAAUCGUCCAAGCUGCAAGGACGAUGUACAUGCGACCAAGGUGGUCAACGAAGUUUGGGACUCAUGUUUUGCGGAUACCCGGCCAUUCGACGAGAUCUACCGGUAAUGUGUUAUAUCACGACCACAUUGCGUUUGUACAACAGU